UAUCGUAGUACCUUGUCCAACGGUAAACAAUUGCUUACAAUGAGAAUUGUGCUGUACGAUUAAAAUUCGUGUGUCAGAGAGAGGAGAAAUCAAGAAGAGGAGAAAAAGACAUUUUAAUUAUCUUUAAAUGAUUUCAAAUAGGUUUUCAGUUUUGAUAGUAUUAACAGCUUGUUUCAACCAUGGAUUAGAUGGCUCUACCUUAUCCUUUGACAAUGGUAAUUUUCAUGUUUCUUGGAGGUACGAAAAAGACCACGAUGAGUUGCAUUUCGAACUCAACGUAAAGACAGACGGAUGGGUUGGAUUUGGAUUUACCUUCACACCAAAAAAAAUGAACAACUAUGAUGUGAUUAUCGGUGGAAAGACCCAGGCAGGAACUCCCUAUUUGAAUGUAAGUUGUUUCUUGUGCACUCGCUAUGAUUAACGAAUUGAUGAGAUAUCUUGUCUGCUAGAGUAAGUUGCUUGAGGUUAUCAAACAAGUGUUUUAAUUAAAAACAUGGUACAAUGUCGCGUUGGAGCUAUGAACUCAUCAAAGGAAGAAAUGUCAUUCCCAAUCUUCAGGAUUUUUUCACUGUUGGGCUCACUACUCCAGUCUUGGACUUCAAGCAAAGUUACAUGUUGGACAUGGCCUCGAAGCAAGACGGGAUCACAACACUCCAUUUCCAUCGUCCAAGGAUCACGAGUGAUUCAGAGGAUAUUCAGUUUAACGUAAGUUGACGUUUGUCAAAAUUGACUCAUUCAGGUUCUCGAUUUUUAGCAACGGUCUCCUCUAGAGCGCUCAGAAAUCAUCUUCGUUUGUUUCCAAAAGCUAUAGGAAUUAGAAAUUUUGUAGUCUGGGAAAUACUCGGGCAAUUUGAAUAAUAAUGUUCGUAAAAAACUAAAUCAGUUUUAACACGUUUUUUGUCAUUUCUACUUACAUGUAUGUAUAGAUGACCACCAGUGUGUUCAUACUGUGGGCGUAUAAUAAAAUCGACGAUGCACGCGACCCAAGCAGCUUCAGCAAACAUUCUCGGAAGGGUUACAGUAGUGAACCUCAUAGAAUCGUAGUCGAAGCUAUUCCAACGGUCGAUGUUUCAAGUCAAGACAGUACGAAGGUCACAACAUUUCACCUGAGCACACCGCCUCUCGCAACGCUAAAACCGGCAAAAGCCUUGGGAUUUCAACUAAACUUAAGCACCAUGACCAUCGCAAUAGCCUUUACUCUGAACCUCUUUGUUCAAUUGGUACUCAAGUAACAUAGGAUUUAUUGCAAGGAGCUGCCAAGAAGUUAAGGAAUCUUUCCAGUGCUAUUGUUGUAUGCGCUUACAACUUAUCAUCGGUAACAUUUUACGACACUCAAAUCAUGAAAAAGAACGAUUCAAGCGUGUCGUAAUUAGUAAGGAUCAUAACGAGGUCAAGCCCUGAAAGGUUUCCACCUGCUAACUGGCUUAUAUCUAAUAUACACAAUUUGUUGCUUUAUUUUUAUCACACGUAAAAGCUUACUCACAACCUAAGUGUGUUUACAUUGUCAAUGGGAAUUUGGCUUAUUUACGAAGUUACGAGAGGCCAUCGGUUGGUUUUUUCCGGCUCAAUCCGACUUUUUUUCUACUAUCGCAACCUUCAACUUGUUAUUUUAUAAACAGAGAAAAGUAGUUAUAUUUUGGUUGUCGCUUUAUUCCUUUCUGUAAGCUUUAAGUUAGAUUUUGGGAACAAGGGGGGAAUAUCAAGUACAGACCACGAUCUUGAUGCCUAAGAAUAGGAUCUUUGAGAAAGAAAUGAAUACUCGAAAAAUCACGACGUCAAUUACCAAUCAGCACUGAUUCCUAAUUGGCAGAAUCCCCACCGUUGUCUCCUUCUUACCAACCAGAGACACUAUGAAGUGAUGAAUCACGUAUUCAGCCGUAAUUGAAAAAUCAAAUUUUAAUAAGGAACAUUUCUCUAAUCGGGUUGGAACCAAACAGAAAUUACUUUUCAAAUCUUGAGAUGGUUCGCUAUUUGGAUUUCCUUUGAUCACAGGGGAUCAGUAUGGAAUCUUUCUAUUGAUACUACUUACACUCCUGAUAUAAUUUCAACAAUUCCGAG